CGUGCGAGUUGGUGGGAACGAAGGUCCGGCCCGGCCCGGCCGUGCGCUGCGAGCGCGCAUCCCAGGGCGGCUGCGGUGAUCCCGGCAACUACCCCCCACUCCGCCCCCGCGUCCGUUCCCCGUGCGUGGUCCCGAUGCUGGACAUGAGCGAGGUCCGUGCCCAGCCGCCCUGCAGCCCGUCGGGCACCGCCAGCUCCAUGUCGCACGUGGAGGACUCGGACUCGGAUGCGCCGCCGUCGCCCGCGGGCUCCGAGGGACUGGGCCGCGCAGGGGGCGCCGGCAGGGGCGACAGCGCCGAGGCUUCGGACGAGCGCUUCCCAGCCUGCAUCCGCGACGCCGUGUCGCAGGUGCUCAAGGGCUACGACUGGAGCCUGGUGCCCAUGCCCGUGCGGGGGGGCGGCGGCGGCGCGCUCAAGGCCAAGCCGCACGUGAAGCGGCCCAUGAACGCCUUCAUGGUGUGGGCGCAGGCGGCGCGCCGAAAGCUGGCCGAUCAGUACCCGCAUCUUCACAACGCCGAGCUCAGCAAGACGCUGGGCAAGCUGUGGCGCUUGCUGAGUGAGAGUGAGAAGCGUCCUUUCGUGGAGGAGGCUGAGCGACUUCGUGUCCAGCACAAGAAAGACCACCCAGACUACAAGUACCAGCCACGCCGAAGAAAGAGCGUGAAGACUGGCCGAAGCGACUCCGACUCUGGCACUGAGCUGGGCCACCACCCGGGUGGCCCCAUGUACAAAGCUGAGGCUGUGCUCAGUGACGCACACCACCAUGGCGACCACACAGGCCAGACCCAUGGGCCGCCCACCCCGCCCACCACCCCCAAAACCGACCUGCACCAGGCUGGUAGCCAGGGCAAGCAGGAGCUGAGGCUGGAAGGACGCCGCCUGGUGGACAGCGGGCGCCAGAACAUCGACUUCAGCAACGUGGACAUCUCCGAGCUUAGCAGUGAGGUCAUCGGCAACAUGGACACCUUUGAUGUCCACGAGUUUGACCAGUAUCUGCCCCUUAAUGGCCACUCGGCCCUUCCCACAGAAUCCAGCCAGGCGACUGCCUCUGGUUCCUAUGGGGGCACCUCCUACUCCCACUCUGGGGCAGCCGGUGUGGGGGCAUCCUCCGUGUGGGCACACAAGGGAACCCCGUCUGCCUCAGCAUCACCCACCGAGGCUGGACCCCCGCGACCACACAUCAAGACAGAGCAGCUGAGUCCCAGCCACUACAGUGACCAGCCGCAUGGCUCACCAGGCCGUGCCGACUACGGCUCCUACAGCGCCCAGGCCAGCGUCACCACGGCUGGCCCCGCUGCAGCUGCCAGCCCCUUCGCCAGCUCACAGUGUGAUUACACUGACCUGCAGGCCUCCAACUACUACAGCCCCUACCCAGGCUACCCGCCCAGUCUCUACCAGUACCCCUACUUCCACUCAUCCCGCCGGCCCUACGCCUCACCGCUGCUCAGUGGACUGUCCAUGCAGCCCUCUCACAGCCCCGGCAGCAACUGGGACCAGCCAGUGUACACCACCCUGACCCGGCCCUGAGGCUGCCAUUUCCUGGGGGACUCUGCGUCCACGGAGGACAACCAUGUCUCUGAGGUCUCCCAGAAAGCGGGGAGGCAAGCAGCGUGGCCGUGCUCUGUCAAGUGCCUGCUGAAUUCCUGGGAAGCCAGCUGUGUUACUCCAUGUCCCUUGCCUCUGGAUGUCUAGGCUUCCGCUAAGGGACAGAGCUCUCUUUUCCUGCUCAUCUCCUUAUCUCUGAGGUAACUAGUGAUUCCAAAACAGAUGGUCAUUUGGUCCCGCUCCCAUGAGGACCAUGGGCAUCAGCCUCUAGGUUUUGCCUCUCAGUAACUAAGGCAACCACAGCUGAGGACAGAAGGAGAGAAGGUUGUUCAAGGUCCUCACCAGCUGGGCCGAGGACCCUUGGGACCAAAGGGUGCUGUCCACAGACUCUGGGGCAUCCAUCCUCUUGAGUAUCUCUUGGGACCAACAGGAGACUGAGUGGUUUCCCCUCAUCCUAGCUCUUCCCAGCAAGGUUCUGCUGAGAUGAACACUUACCAUGUUUAUUUUUAUUAUUUUUUGGUUAUUUUUAUUUUUAAUGCUUAAACAUGUUUGUUUUGAAGGCUGUUGAAGACAUAUUUAUGUUCUGUAUUAUUUUAUCUUUAAUUAAUGAAGUAAUUUUGUGCAGAGAGUUGACUUUAAGACAGAAUGAAAGCCAGGGAAGCUUUUCAUGAGAGGCAGGAGGGAGAGGGUGUGGCGCCCACCGCCAUCUCUUUGCUCAGCCUUUGGGCAGCUCUGGAAGCCUUGUGCCAGGCAUAGGAGGGAGCUGUUUGCUUCUUGGGGUCUGAUCAGAAUGGAAUGUCCAGCACCUGCAUCAGUUUGGGCUUUGGAAGGGAGGAGUGUCAUGCCUGCCCUCAACAGUGCCAAGUGGUAGAAGACAGAAUUUCUUGCAAGCCAUGGUUGCAGCAUCACGAUCAUCUUGGCUCUUCGGCACCAGGCGCCACCUACCAAGCUGUGAAAUGAAACCUCCUCCACUCACCAUGUCUAGGUUCCUAGUUAGAGAAUAACACCUGCUUUACCGAACUGCUACGCCGUGUGCUGAGCAUAUAACCGCCUACUUCACAGAAAUUUGUGCCUUUGAAACUUUGUAAAUUUAAACGCAUCUGAGAAACUUG